AUUCAAUUUACUGUCGUAGCCAGGAGUGCAGCCUACUAGUCUAAAUUUCCUUCUCACCAAUAUUCCACUCUAUACCAAAAUUCCCUCUCCUACUCCUACAUCUCGCACUAUAAUAAUAUUAUACAAUAAUUCACUCUAUAUAGGUUUAUACAAAGUCGUGAAAAAAGACGGUUGAGUAUAUUGUGAACUAUUCUUAUGUGUGAUUCUCCCUGAUAAAAUAUGAUUGUGUUCGGUACUAUAUCCAUUAUAUUGAACUGCUAUGGAUUGACCAAUGUCCGCGCCGAUACUGAUCUAAGAAGAUUGUACGAGCUGAACAGGGACUAUUUGCCAGUGCGUUUCAAUGAGCUCGGCAUCCAUGGCUAUAUGGACUUGUUUGCCGGAGAUCGGAGCAGGUCGCUGUAUGUGCCUUCCGAUGUUGACAGUGAGGCAUGCCUCAAGCACAGUCGUCGCUACGCCGAUGCCAUACAAAACUACCAAGUCUGGGCUCUCAAAAUGCUGGAUUCGUCCGGUAGAGUGCCUUCUGGCUUGCUGAAUGGUCACUACAUGGAUCUGGGGAAUUAUGAGGAGUGCCUGAGUGUUGCUGAGGAGGCCCCCUAUCACAUCAACUACUGCGUCGUAGUCAUGAGAAAUCUUACGAAAACAUUAAAAAAUUGGGACUCACCGGCCUUUCGGCCUGCCCUCACGAUGGGUGGAGCUCCCUUUCUGAGACCCGACCUGCGGCUAGGCAUAUGCCUCCCGGCCUCCUGCGACCUCAAAGACCUGACUCGACAUUACUCGAACGUCACAUCCAGAUACAACAUGACAGUUUUCUUAGACAACUACAGCUGCACCUCAAGCGAGGAGGGAAUCACCCUCGACAAGAUGGACUGGCUUGUAGUUGUACUAGUAACUAUCAUUGGGCUGAUGUGCUAUGCGGCUACACUCAACGACAUUCUGAGGAUGUAUUUCAACUUCAAAUCUAAUGGUACCUAUAUCGACAUCCUGCAGUGUUUUUCCUUUUAUGAAAAUGGAAAAUCGCUCCUUGAAACGACAAGCCCUGAAAAGCCGCUUUCAGUACUUCAUGGGAUAAGAGCGUUAUCAGCUUGCUGGAUUGUUAUGGCACAUAAUUUCUAUCUGAAGUAUUUAAUUCCAGGUGUAAAUAAUAUGAAGUUGACAACUUUUUCUCAGUCAGUUAUGAGUGAGCCGUUCCUACAGAGUGAGCUGGCAGUGGAUGCUUUUCUAUUGAUGAGUGGACUGCUUUUGGUUCGCUCCACUAUCAAAAUGCGCACAUCAACAAAACAAUUCAAAGUCGGACAGUUCUAUCUACACCAUGUCUUUAGAAUAGUGCCAGCCUACUUCAUUCAACUUCUAAUUGCUUUGACGAUGUUCAGAUAUCUGAAUAACGGCCCGCUAUGGAAGCAUUACCUCCAUAGUAUCAGGGAGGUCUGUCAGGAGAGCUGGUGGACCCAUGUCACAUUUCUGAACAAUUACAUCAUGCCAGAAAAACAGUGUGUUCCAUCCGAUUGGUACUUAGCUGUUCAUAUGCAACUGAUAUUUCUAUCACCAAUACUUUUAAUACCAAUUUACAAAGGGAAGAAGAUUGUUCCCCUAGUGAUUGUUCCUGUGCUAUUUGUGAUUGCCAAUAUUAUUUCGAUCUCGAUCACUUAUUUCAACGAUUAUCCGGGUACUUUUUAUGUUGACAGGUUGACUUCAAGAGAGGACAUAUUUGCAGCUGAAUAUGUACCAACCCAUGGUAGAAUAUCGCCAUGGUUACUGGGAAUUCUGAUAGGAUAUUUUCUUACCGAGGAAGCUGUCAAAAUUUCAAAGACUCAAGCAGCCUGUGGAUGGAUUCUAUCAGUGAUACCAUACGGAUUUAUAAUAGUCAUUUCGAGGUACAUCCAUAUGGAGGGGGUUGAACACAAUUUGAUCCUAGCCUCCAUCAAUAAUGGACUGAAUAACACUGCUUUCGCCAUUUUAAUGGCAUGGAUAAUUGUUGCUUGCGAGACUGGAUAUGGGGGACCAUUAAAGAGCCUGCUGUCCUGGAGGGCAUUCCAGCCAAUCAGUAAGCUCUCCUAUGCAAUAUUCUUGACAGGUCUUGCAGUACAGUAUGGCUUUAUGAGUGUUCGGCAGACGUCCAACUCAAUGCUUAUUAUACAAACUUAUAAAGACAUUGGAGGUGAAUUGUUCCUAAUAAUAGUGUUCUCUGUGAUUGGAUCUCUUCAUUUCGAGGCACCAUUCAUUAAGUUGAAUCAAAUCAUGAUGAAGCAAUCAAAAGCUGAGAAGAAAUCGGAAGUAGUGGACAACAAUGCGAAUGGUCAAAAAAUGAAUGUAAUCAGUAAUAUAAGCAUAGCAGGAUCACAUUUGACUAGUCUACCGUGUGACCAAUGUAAUCAAUUCAAACAGUAAAUCAUACUCAAAGUCCUCCGAUAAUACAUGUCAUACAUUUUUAUAACCAUAAUAUUAUGAAUGAGAAAAUGAAAUAUUUUAUAAAAUAAAUUUAAAAAAGUA